AUGAUAGACUUUACAUAUAUUGAACCUCAAGAACUUUGCUUAAAACUUAAAAAUACAGAAAAUAAAGCAAAGGAUAUAAUCAUUGUAGAUGUAAGAGAAGAUGAUUUUAUUGGUGGACAUAUUAAAGGCGCAUUACAUAUCCCCUCGUACAAACUAUCAUCACAUAUUUUAAAUCUUGUUGAAGAAACAAAAAAGGCAAAAGAAAUUAUAUUUUACUGUUCCUUUUCUCAACAGAGAGGACCAGCAGGAGCAAGAUUAUUCUUAGUAGAACAACAAAAAAUACAUAAUAUAAAAGGCAUACAAGAAAAAACGAUUUUUCCAAAAGUAUAUGUCCUCCGAGGCGGUUUCGUUGAAUGGCAGAAGAAAUAUGGUAAUGAUGAAAAAUUAACAGAUAAAUAUAAUAAAGAAUUAUGGGAAAAAAAAUUCUGGAUAUAA